GUGAUGGUGGUAAUGAUGAUGCUCAUGUUCGUGACAAUUAUGAUCAUGUUCGUGAUGAUGGUAAUUAUUAUGUUCGUGAUGAUGAUGAUCAUGUUUGUAAUGAUGGUAACGAUCAUGUUCGUGAUGAUGAUGAUCAUGUUUGUACUGAUGAUGAUCAUGUUCGUAAUGAUCUUGUUUGUGAUAAUCAUGUUCGUGAUGAUGAUGAUCAUGUUCGUGAUGAUCUUGUUUGUGAUAAUCAUGCUCGUGAUGAUGAUGAUCAUGCGCGUGAUGAUGGUAAUGAUCAUGUUGGUGAUGAUGAUCAUGUUUGUAAUGAUCUUGUUUGUGAUAAUCAUGUUCGUGAUGAUGAUGAUCAUGUUCAUGAUGAUCUUGUUUGUGAUAAUCAUGUUCGUGAUGAUGAUGAUCAUGCGCGUGAUGACGGUAAUGAUCAUGUUCGUGAUGAUAACGGUGAUGACGAUUACAAGGGAGAUGGUGGUGGUGGUGAUGGUUGA